AUGGCGAGCAAGGUCCUAGCCACUGUUGAUCCCAUCCGAAAUGAGUCUACACUACUCAUACCCAAGCCCCCGAUUCUUGAACGGUCUUACAACCAGUGCGCAGAAGAACACCAUGACUGGGAAGAGGAACGGUUCUCCGACAAACGCCUUGUUCUUGCCGAAUUCGUUCUACUUCUCAAAGGAAGCACGCCAGUCGUUGUAGCAUACACGUUACAAAACAGCUUGCAGACCAUAUCCGUCUUGAUUGUUGGACGGUCCUCACCGGAAAACCUGGCGACGGCUGCUUUCUCGUACAUGUUUGCCAUGUGCACAGCAUGGUUGAUUGCUCUUGGAGGCACUACGGCACUUGAUACUCUAGCAUCUUCAUCGUUUACUGGAAGUACUAACAAGCAUGAUCUCGGGAUUUUACUUCAGCGUGGAUUCUUCGUCCUCGGGUUAUUCUAUGUUCCUGUUGCUGUUCUCUGGGCGCUAUCGGAACCUUUGUUUCUUUUCCUCGGCCAAGAUCCGAAUCUAUCCAGGGAUAGUGCCAGGUUUCUGACUUGCCUUAUCCCGGGAGGCUUGGGGUAUAUCUAUUUCGAAUCUAUGAAAAAGUACCUGCAGGCUCAAGGUAUCAUGCGGCCAGGAACGUACGUCCUCCUAAUCACCUCGCCGGUCAAUGCAGCUCUCAACUAUCUCUUUUGCUACACUUUAGGCAUCGGCCUUCUCGGCGCACCGAUCGCUACAAGUAUAUCAUACUGGCUGUCAUUUUCUCUUCUCGUGUUAUAUACCCGCUUCAUAGCUGGAUCGGAGUGUUGGGGAGGAUGGUCACACACAGCAUUCGAUAAUAUAGGCACAUUUGCUCGUCUAGCUUUCUUGGGCAUCAUCCACGUCGGCACUGAAUGGUGGGCUUUUGAGAUUGUUGCACUGGCUGCGGGUCGUCUGGGUACAAUCUCGCUUGCUGCCCAGAGUGUAAUCAUGACUGCCGACCAAGUCAUGAAUACGAUCCCCUUCGGUGUGGGCGUCGCUGCAUCUACAAGGGUUGGCAAUCUUCUCGGCGCUAGGAAUGCUCACGGUGCAGCACGCGCGGCUCAUACUGCCGCAGUCCUUAGUAUUCUGCUCGGCGGAGUAGUCUUGACUGUGCUAAUGGUUACACGAAACUCAUUCGGGCGAAUCUUCAACAACGAUGAUCACGUAGUGCGUCUGACCGCGGAGGUUCUUCCCUACGUGGCACUGUUCCAAAUUGCAGAUGGUCUAAACGGCAGUUGUGGGGGCAGUCUACGAGGUAUGGGCCGUCAGCAUAUCGGUGCACUUGUCAACUUGAUUAGUUAUUAUGGUGGCGCGUUGCCACUAGGUAUUUGGCUAGCCUUUCAUGGCUGGGGUUUGAGGGGGUUGUGGGUUGGCCAGUGUAUUGCGUUAUACUUGGUUGGAGCCCUGGAAUGGAUCAUUGUUUAUCUGAGUAAUUGGGACAAAGAGGUUAAUAAUGCGUUCAAAAGGAUGGACGUGCAGACUCGGCUUGAAGAUGGUGAUGUUGAUACGUCGGUUGUGUGA